CGAAGAGAAAGAUCUAGCUCUGGAGUACGUAAAAAUGUUAAUGCUGAAGAAUUAGUUGUUGAGCACGGAUACGGAACGCGGUGGAUUCGGUUGUUCUACUACUACGAUCUACGCUCUUGGUAAAACACAGAUCUUUGUGUCGGUGUCUGUUUCUCAAUGACAUAACAAACCACGUCCAUACUGCCGCCAUAUCUAUCCUCGUAUCUUCAUUUGUUCUCCGCAGGCAUUUUUAUGAUUGUUUUCAGUGUUUCCUCUACAGCAUUGGAGUUUGCCAAGAGUGUUUGACUUUAUUUUAAGCUGAUUUUUGUUUUUCUCAUUUUUAAAAGCAGAUCGCGAGCCUGAAUCUGCGUCGGAUAGAAGUAUUGUCUGUUGUAGAAAUUUGGACAACAUGAUAAAGUCGAAAGGCGCAAAAGAAUUCUUUCACAAAUAAGUAAGUAGUUGAAGAUGGUCCUUGUUAUCGUCGGUGUAUCAUUUUCAACUCCAGCUCUUUCCAGCUGGAGCUGCUCUUGGAGUUAAGCUUCCGAGGACCGGCGGCCUAUCUGGCGAGCUACGUGCAGGCACGCGCGAUGAUCUCCUUUCGCGGCACUCUUUUUGCCACGCUGGUCAUUUUGCGUGUCGGAUUUGUUGACUCCGAGGAUGCAGCAUUACCAGAGCAGGUUACUCCAGGUCGGCAGUUUUUAGCGUCGUCAACCAAAAGAAAUGAAAACGGAACAGAGCCGACGCCGAGCAGUACGGGUGCGCAUGACUCAACAGAUCAACUUUCCAGUUCAACGGCAGCACCACCAGAUGCGACCUCCAACGCUCCAGCUGUGGAUCAUGAAAGUAGCUGGCCGAUUCCCCCGUCGACUGUGAGUGUAGGUGAUGAAAGAGAAGAAACAGGUAUCAAGGAGGAUGCUGGAGCAAAGAGUGUAAUAGAACAAGAGCGGUCCACCUCGGGUGCGAGGCAUGCAGAAGAUGAGACGACGAACUUCUCGAAGGAUGGGGAUUAUCAUGCAUCGUCGACGAGCUCCUCUUCUUCAACCUCCUCGAGAAGUCAAGACAAGCACGACGAGAUUUCGCAGUCAUCGAAAACUGACGAAAAGCCACCAGUUCUUCUGUUGCAAGAGAAUUCACAGAGCACUAACCACAGUACUAGCAAGCCGACAGGAGAAACAGCGGAAGUCGUUGUACCGCCUGCUUCGACAUCAAACACGGCGUCAACAACACCUGCGGCUAGUAGUGCAACCCCUGUCGGCCCUUCUACCACGCGCACGCCCGCUGUCGUGCAACCCGGAACGGCUGUCCACACCCGCGAACUCCGUCCGAGUCAACAGGACGCGACAGCAAAAGGUCCGCUUGGCUAUGCUUCUUCAAAACCCGCGUCUAAAAGUGGCGAUGCGGGUGCGCCGACAGAAAAAAAAGUGAAAAUUAUGGUUGAGCAAGAGUCCUCUCCGGGAACCCCGGAUGGCGGAGAUAACACCGCAAGGAGCGGUGGCAGUACGCCCGUUUCGUCCCACGCCGCGCCGACUAGUUCAUCAGCUUCAACAGCCUCACAGCACCACAAAGGAGUAAAGGUGGCGAAAAAAGCCGACCCGAUGAAGGAGGUUGUUGCAGUACAGACGAAGGAUGGGAAGAUCGUGCACCUGAAUCAGAACCAAGCGGUAAUCAACAGUGACGGCACGGAGCAGCAGUUGGUCCUCGAGACGAAGAAAACACACAUUGAAGUCGUGCAGACCUCCUCUGGGAUCUUUGUCCAAAUGUUGCUGGAGAGGCUCGGUCUGGUCAUAAAUAUCGCGUGCCAGCUCGCGCCGAUGCAGCGAAUGCUCCAGGUGAAGAGAGACGGCACAGUGCUGACGCUUUCCCCGACACCCUUCACAUCUGCAAUGAGCUGUAAUUCCCUUUGGCUGCUGUACACCAUCCUGAUUUUCGAGCCGAUUCUGAUCCUGUCCAACACCUCCGGUCUGUCGUUUAACAGCUUCUACGUCUUCACCUUCUACAAGAAUUGUCAGAAGGAUUUGGAAAAGCGGGCGCUCUUUAACCAGCAAUUGCAGAUCAUAGGAUUGCUGUUCGUCCUGGGGCUCAUCAGCGCUUUCUUCUUCAGCAUCGAAUCACUGGCCAGCCUGGCAUCGGCGGUUAUGCUCGUUUUGGUAUAGUGUUUUUCGAUAAAGAUGCGCUUUGAGUUCAUUGUAGAAUUGCCGCGUUGAAAUUUCAACAACAACGUGAGUCCUGCGCUCGUAAUUGAAUUGUUUUUCAUAUGAUGCGCCGUAGAGUUCUAGUUCUUCUUCCUCUUCCUUUUCCUGUAGUUCGAUGUCAAUAGGCAUUCAAAUAAACUGAACGCGACCAGGUGUGCUCCCCGGCUCUGCACUUUCCCAACGUGUACUUUUCCCGGGACGUCGGCCCUCUCGGCGCUCCGGAGAUGGCGAUCGCAGGUCUCGCCGGUUGCAUCAUUUGGACGAUCGUCGGGUACUUUUUCUACGACAACACGGCGGUCUGGCUCCCACACCUGCUCGGCGUUUUCGUCGCUACCGGCAGCUGCAUUUUGUUUGCCACCGUCGGGAAGGCAAAGGUCAAGCGCCGCUGGCGCAAAUGGUUGCGGGAAGAUUACCCGGGGAAGGCGUCCGCUGUGGACGACGAUGACGAUUUUUCGGCUGGGGGCACAAAAACUCCGAUCGGACGCGCUGGCAAGAGCAACAAAGUAAACCCCGAAGUAACCACGACUGCGGGAAUAUCGAACCUGCACCCGACUAGCUCCACCCACGGAGGCCGAUCCCGCGCCGGGAUCAAAUCUGGGGAGACCCGGGACAGCGUCAGCAGUGUUGCAAGCUGGGAAAGCGGCGACAGCCAGCUGUCCUUAGGUGGACGUGUGUAGAGGCUGGAGCAAGCUCCUGUGUUGGUUUUGAGAGAGUGGCCGGUUGCGGUGGUGUGGUUUUUUUUUUGUUCGCGACCAUGACUGGAGGCGUCACGCCAGCCACAGAAAUUUCAAAGCGACCUGUAUUCCAUUUUUCUUUCUCGUGCUCGUACCCCUACCCUCUUCAUCACCCCUGUAACUUACAACUUUUUACUGCGAAAUUAUGACCCAGGACGGCGACGCGUCAAGUGUUUUGACUUUAAUGAAGCUCGACGAAGAUAGAUCUUAAGUAGUUUCGACCACGAUUUACAUUCACAUGCCGUUCUCUGCUACUACUAAAGUAGAUGAUCCGAAGAUCGACUUCCAUCAUCACCACAAGGUGAUCGGAACUAUAAAAGAGACGGCACAAUAAAAAUAAAAAUGAAAAAUCGCAAUCCUAGAACCCAUGGUAUUCGUGGUUUUGGAGAAGUCGUAAUGCAUGUAUAUGCGAGUUGAGCGCGUGCUGCAUCUUCUCACUCACAGCACAAGGCACACGCAGAAGCUGAACAUCGACGCGACACGCUAACAAGAAGGCUGCUCACACCCACAUGAUGUGGCAGAUAUGGAUAUCAAGUACCCACCCCAAAAGUAAAUAUCUCGAUCUAUCGACAUCAUCGCAAUAGCAUGACCUCGACCGCAAAAGUACUCGAAAGUAACUAUCUCGAGCCAAUCACAU